AUGAAGAAAUACUUUUCUUUGGAGAAGAAUGAUACUCGAGGAGUCUCCUUCGAAAAUGUUUUCCAACAGAGAACUGGAUCUGUGGCAUCCAGUCCAGAUCAUACUGAUUUGGACGACAGAAAAAAAUCCUACCCGACCCUUUUUGGAAAAUACAGUCAGAGCCUUCAAACCCUCAAACCCUUCCGCUGGUCCUCAUCUCAGUCCCACCCUCUGGACAAUGCAGGUUUCCUUUCCUUUGCAACCUUUGCCUGGAUGACCCCCAUGAUGUGGGCCUUGUUCAGGAAUAAGUUGGACCUGAUCUCUCUCAACCUGUCACCUUUUGAUGUAGCCGACACCAGUGGAGAAAGGCUACACAGACUCUGGGAGGAAGAGGUGGCAAAGAUGGGCCUGGAGAAGGCCUCUCUGGUUCGAGUAUUCUUUUGUUUUCAAAGAACCAGGCUGAUUCUGUCCAUCAUUGCUGGCGUCCUUGCCAUGGUGGCAGCGUUUUUGGGCCCGGCUGUUCUGGUCUAUGAGAUCCUGAACUACGCUGAGGAGCCAGAGAAGUCCACUGUUGCCUACGGUGUUGGUCUGUCCAUUGCUUUGUUCACCUCAGAGUUCUCCAAAGCCUUCAUGAUUUCCUUGUUGUGGGCAUUGAACCUGCGCACUGCAGUCAGGCUGAAGGGAGCCUACUCUUCAGUGGCUUUUCAGAAAGUCAUCUCUCUGCGGCUGCACACCGGCAUUUCAAUGGGAGAGAUGAUUGGUGUUUUGACCAACGAUGGCCAGACAUUAUUUGAAGCAGUAUUGGUAGGGAGCUUCGUGGUGUCCUGCCCAGUACUCUUUAUUGUGUGUAUUGUCUAUUCCUGCUACAUUCUGGGCUACACCGCACUGACUGGAGUCAGCAUCUACCUCAUCUUCAUUCCAAUACAGUUAGGCUUGGCCAAGCUUAUUAACACAUACAGAGGGAAAACCAUAUUGAUAACAGACAGCCGUGUUCGCACAAUGAAUGAGAUUCUCAACAGUGUCAAGCUUAUCAAGAUGUACGCCUGGGAAGAUUCUUUUGAAAAGAAGAUCGCAGACUUCCGGAAAAAUGAGAAGAAAGAACUGCAGAAGGUCGGUUGUGUCCAGAACGCCAAUUCCAGCAUCACCAGCAUCAUCCCCACCAUUGUCACUGUUCUCACCUUCAUUGUACACACUUCGUUGAGUUUGAAGCUCAACGCAUUGGAUGCCUUCACCACCAUCGCCAUCUUCAACUCCUUGAGGUUCUGCUUGGUUCUUACGCCCCAGUGUGCGAAGGUCCUGGCUGAGGCUGCUGUUUCACUAAAACGACUCAGGAAAAUAUUGCUGAUCCAGAAUCCAGAGCCCUACCUGAUCCAGAGAAAGGACAGGGACUCAGCCAUAGUGAUGAAAAAUGCUACACUUUCUUGGACCAGACCAACCAUGCAGCCAGACUCCCCUCUAAUCCCAGCCAAUGAGGAGAAGGGACACAAAGUGGAGGAGAUGUGCCAGAAUGGGAGGACUGAAACCUUACCAACCCUGAGAAACAUCUGCUUCACACUGCCCAAGGGAAACCUGCUUGGCAUCUGUGGGAAUGUGGGGAGCGGAAAGACAUCACUGAUUUCCAGCAUUUUGGAACAGAUGCACCUUCUGCAGGGCUCCAUCACAGCUGAUGGGACAUUUGCCUACGUUUCCCAGCAGGCCUGGAUAUUUCAUGGGACUGUUCAAGAAAACAUCUUGAUGGGGGAACCUUUCGAUCAGUCAAAAUACAACAAAGUUGUGGAUGUCUGCAGCCUCAGAGCUGACCUGGAUAUUCUCCCAUAUGGUGAUCAAACUGAGAUCGGAGAGCGAGGGCUGAAUCUGUCAGGGGGGCAGAAGCAAAGAAUCAGCCUGGCCAGAGCUGUCUACUCCAAUAGAGACAUCUUCCUCCUUGACGAUCCGUUAUCUGCUGUCGAUGCCCAUGUGGGGAAACACAUCUUUGAGGAAUGCAUUAAGAAGGAGCUCCAAGGGAAAUCCGUCAUACUGAUUACACACCAGCUCCAGUAUCUGGAGUUCUGUGAUGACGUUAUGCUUUUGGAUGAUGGCGAGGUGCAGGAGGCUGGAAACCACCAGGUCCUGAUGAAAGCCAAUGGCCGCUACGCUAAGCUCAUUAGCAACUACCAGAUGGAACAGUCCGAGACUGAGGAGGAGGAGGAGGAGGUAUCUCCCCAAGACACUGCCCAGCCAAAGGACAUUGAGCCAAGAGAAAGCCCCGACAGGGGGUUAGUGAACCCAGCAUUUGACAUGUCGGAUGAAAAGGAUGAUGGAAUGACAGCUGACCAAAGAUCUUCUCUCGGGGAUCAGCUGGUCAGUCAGGAGUCUAGCACAGAAGGUGCCAUCUCCUGGAGAGUCUACCAUCAAUAUAUCAAGGCAGCUGGAGGCUACAUAGUAAGCUUCCUCACCGUCCUGAACAUCGUCCUGAUGAUUGGAUCCACAGCCUUCAGCAACUGGUGGCUCAGCUUCUGGCUGGGGCAGGGUGACGGGGUGAGAACCAAAUCUCUCUCUCCCUCUCUCUCUCUCUCUGAUAUUCACAAUUGUAUGAAAAAUAUCCCCAGAAAUAUGUAAAUAAAUUAUCCCUCAUUUAUUUUUUGUUUCCCCAAGUCAUUCAAUAGGACAACUUCAGACCAAAGCAACAUCUUACAAAACCCAAACUUCAACUUCUACCAAAUGGUUUAUAGCAUGACGGUGGUGGUCAUGUUGAUACUCGCCGUCAUCAAAUGCUUCUCCUACACUUGGGUCACCUUGAAUGCAUCCACCAAACUUCACAACACCAUGUUCAAGAAGAUUUUCUCCAGUCCCAUGAGUUUCUUUGACACAACGCCAACAGGCCGCAUUCUCAACCGCUUCUCCAAAGAUCAAGAGGAGGUGGACACGGCCCUUCCCUUCAACAUGGACCCCUUCUUGCAGUUUUCUGUGAUGGUUUUCUUCAACAUUAUCACCAUCUCUGCUGUCUUCCCCCUGAUUCUGGCAGCUGUGGUUUUAAUGGGAGCUUUGUUAGCUCUCAUUCUCUUUAUCUCCCAGAGGAGUAUCCGUCAUAUGAAGAGGAUGGAGAACAUCAGUCGUUCUCCCUGCAUCUCUCUCACCACCUCGACCCUGCAGGGCCUCAGCACCAUCCACGCCUACAACAUAAGAGACAGACACAUACAACUGUUCAAGACUCUGAUUGACAUCAACUCCCACCACUAUUUAUUGUUUAAUUCUGGAACACGCUGGCUCUCUUUCUGCCUGGACUCCAUGGCUUCCACCAUGACCUUGUUGGUGGCUCUCUUCGUAGUGCUCAGUAAUGACUUCAUCAGUACGUCUUUUAAAGGCUUGGCCUUGUCCUACACCAUACAGCUGACAGGCAUGCUUCAGUAUACAGUGAGGCAGGCAACAGAAGUGGAGGCUAGAUUCAGCUCGGUGGAGCGGCUGCAGGAAUACAUCACGGGUUGUAAGUCUGAGGCCCCCAGGCAAAUAAAGGAAGCCCAAGUCCCAAAGGACUGGCCGAAGAGUGGAACCAUCACCUUCCAGGACUAUACGAUGAGGUACAGGGAGAAUACCCCCAUUGUCCUGAACGGACUCAAUUUCUCCAUUCGAGCUGGAGAGAAGCUGGGCAUUGUGGGAAGGACAGGCUCUGGAAAGUCCUCUCUUGGCGUGGCUCUGUUCAGGCUGGUGGAGCCAGCAGCAGGAACCAUCCUGAUAGAUGGCAUGGACAUCACGGCCAUUGGACUGCAGGAUCUGCGCAGCAAAUUGUCCAUCAUCCCCCAGGAUCCGGUGCUAUUCAGUGGUACAGUCAGGUACAACUUAGACCCCUUCAAUAACUUCAAUGAUGAGGAGAUCUGGGCGGUGCUGGAGAAGACCUACAUGAAGGACUCGAUCUCCAGACUGGAGGGGAAACUAGAGGCAACAGUGUUGGAGAAUGGAGAGAACUUCUCUGUAGGAGAGAGACAACUCAUGUGUAUGGCUAGAGCACUACUACGCAACUCCAAGAUCAUUCUCUUGGAUGAGGCUACAGCUUCCAUCGAUGCAGAGACAGACGCCUUGAUCCAGAACACCAUCCAAGAAGCCUUCAAGGACUGCACCAUGCUCACUAUCGCCCAUCGUAUCAACACUGUGCUCCACGCAGAUCGUAUUCUGGUCAUGGACAAUGGCGAGGUGGCAGAGUUUGACGACCCAGAUGUGCUGAAGCAAAGACCAGACUCUCUGUUCUCCUCACUCCUCACUGCUGCCAACACUGUGAACACCUGA